UGCCCUCAGGCGGAGGAGAUCGUGCUCAAGGAGAUGACGGCCAUCCUCGGCAAGUCGCCCGAGCUCGCCGGCCCCGUGCUCCGGCUCUUCUCCGUGGACUGCUUGAUCGGCGGCUGCGAGGGGUCCAUCCUGCUCGACUCCACAGGCAACAGCACCGCCGAGAAGGACUCGCCGCUGAACCAGGGCGUCGGAGGGUACCAGGUGGUGGACGCCAUCAAAGCCAAGCUCGAAGCCGCCUGCCCCGGCGUCGUCUCCUGCGCCGACACGCUCGCCCUCGCCGCGCGGGACGCCGUCAGGCUGACGAAAGGGCCCUUCAUCCCGCUCCCGACUGGCCGGAGGGACGGCAACAGGUCGGUGGCCGCCGACGUGGCACCUAACUCGCCGCCCCCAGGCGCUACCAUCGCCGACAUCAUCGCCCUGUUUGCCAGCAAGUUCAAUCUCACCGCCAAGGACCUCGCCGUCCUCUCCGGCGCGCACACGAUCGGGCGGGCUCGGUGCUCCACGGUGUCGCCGCGGCUGUACAACUUCGGCGGUCGGAGCGGCGCCUCCGACCCCACGCUGGACGCCAGCUACACGGCCACCCUUCGCGGCCAGUGCAAGCCCGGCGACACCGCCACCCUCGUCGACCUCGGCCCUCCCACGCCCGCCACCUUCGACACCGACUACUACGCCCUCGUCGCCGGCAACAGGGGCCUCCUCUCCACCGACGCCGCGCUGCUCCUCCACCCCGCCACCAGCGCCUACGUCGCCGCCCAGGCCAACGCCACCUCCUCCGCCCAGUUCUUCGCCGACUUCGCCGCGUCCUUCGUCGCCAUGAGCAGGCUCGGCGUGCUCACGCACCACAAGGGCGAGAUCAGGCAGGUCUGCUCCAAGGUCAACCCGCCGGCACCGACGACCACCAACGCCGGCGCCGGCGCUGGCGCUGGCAGGAGCUACUACCGGCUCACCACCACCGCUGGGUUGGCCCUCAUCACAACGCUGGCCGUGGCUGAUCUGCUGAUGUGAUGAUUACUAGCAGAUCAAGCUCUGACAGACCCUGCCUUGCGCACCUAUAUAUGUUUGGAUUUGCGUUCGCAUGAUUUGACGUGUCGCUUGAUCGAUCGGUUUCCAUGAUUUUAUUUGCAAGGAAUUGUUGCUUUGCAAGAUUUCUGAUUGUGAAUUUGGGCAAGUCCAAUUGUAAUGUGCGAAUAUGUCCUGAUGAAUAAAUGAAAUGAUUGUCUUGUCGUUA